GUCACACUGACGACAACAACAGCUGUCGACUGCACGUGCACGAAUCGUUUAUUUUAGCAAGCAACAAAUGUUUACCGCCAACACAAUAUAAAUAUGGGCAAAAAGGUGUACAAUGCCAAGGCGCGGCAAAAUCCGCAAACAAUUGUGGACAAUUCCGCCGUCAAGAAUAUUAAAAUCGAAACAGAAAAUGUGCUGAACAGUGGAAAAGGUAAAGGAAAUGCCAAUUAUGCCGCAGGCUACGAUGAAGCCAAUGCCUUGGUAUUGCCUUCCCAGAAGCGGGCGACCAAAACCAAGAUUGAGAAACAUCAGAAUGUCAAAAUACUGUCGAAAAAGCAGCGCAAGCAUCUGCAAUCCAUUGUGGACAAGAAAAAGAAGAAAGAAGGCCGUGCACAACUCCUCGAAGAUCUGGCUGCUGUUCAAAUUCCCGAGGCAGAACUGAAGCAAUACACAUCCAUUAGUCAAGUGCAGACAAUUGGCAAAAAGCGUCUGCAUACGCUGGACGAGUAUCUGGCCAAGAAGCAGGAGAAACAGCAACAGCAAUCACAGGCGCAACUCGGACGACGUGUCAACGCCAUCAAGGGGGCAGGCAAGCGGCGUCUGCUGCUCGAGGAGCAAGAAGCGUUGGAUGCCAAACGUAAGAAUCCAAAUGUUGUGGAUGCGGAUGAAAGCGAUGAGACGACAACAGAUGAGAGCGAAGAUGAGCAAGUAGACAGUCCAGUACCAGCACCCGCUCCUAUUCCGGUUCCCACUCCGACUCCCGCUCUCGUUGUAGAGCAGCCGACAACAAGUGCGGCGGCGAAAACAACAGCUGCAACAAAACCCAAUCCUCCAGCCACGCCCGCGUAUGUGCAUAAAACUGUUUACGUGCCCGUGGAUCGCAGUGAUGAAGUGCAGGCCGCACGUCUGCGUCUGCCCAUACUCGCCGAGGAGCAGCAGGUGAUGGAGCUGAUUAACGAGCAUCCCAUUGUGAUAGUCGCGGGUGAAACGGGUUCCGGCAAGACGACACAAUUACCGCAAUUCCUCUACGAAGCGGGCUACGCACAGCACAAAAUGAUUGGCAUCACGGAGCCGCGACGUGUGGCCGCCAUAGCGAUGUCGAAGCGUGUGGCCCACGAGAUGAAUUUGCCCAGCAGCGAGGUCAGCUAUCUGAUACGGUUCGAGGGCAAUGUGACGCCGGCGACACGCAUCAAAUUCAUGACCGAUGGUGUGCUGCUCAAGGAGAUCGAAACGGACUUUCUGCUCAGCAAAUAUUCGGUGAUUGUGCUCGACGAGGCGCACGAACGCAGCGUCUACACGGACAUCUUGGUCGGUCUCCUGUCGCGAAUUGUGCCGCUGCGUCAGAAGCGCUCCACGCCGCUCAAACUGAUCAUUAUGUCGGCCACGUUGCGUGUCAGUGAUUUCACCGAGAACACGCGACUCUUUAAGACGCCGCCGCCGCUGAUCAAAGUGGAGGCCAGACAAUUUCCGGUCACGGUGCACUUUCAAAAGCGCACGCCCGACGAUUAUGUGGCAGAGGCGUAUCGCAAGACGUUAAAGAUACAUUCACAACUGCCCGAGGGUGGCAUUUUGAUCUUUGUCACCGGCCAGCAGGAGGUGAAUCAGUUGGUGCGCAAGCUGCGUCGCACAUUUCCCUACAAGCCGGACAAGGAGGCAAAGCAGCAGCCGGAAACGAAGCAGCCUGCCGUGGAGCUGGAGCAGCAAUUUGAACUAAAGCGUGUUAUGCGCAAUCUGCGCAAAUCCAAGAAGAAGUUCCUCGCACAAAUCUCGCUGCCCAGCAUCAAUCUGGAUGAUUACAAGUUGCCCGGCGAUGACACCGAGGCGGACAUGCACUCAGAUCUCGAAGGUGACCCAGAGGACGACUUGGACGUCGGCGACGACGACGACGAACUGCAGUUGGACGAUGAUCAGCAGCUGUCUGCGCCGGGCACCAAGCAACCACUUUGGGUGCUUCCACUGUACUCGCUGCUCUCCUCCGAGCAGCAGAAUCGCAUCUUUGAGCCCAUACCCGAGGGCUGUCGUCUGUGCGUCGUGAGCACCAAUGUGGCCGAAACGUCGCUCACAAUACCGCACAUCAAGUACGUCGUGGACAGCGGGCGACAGAAGACGCGACUCUACGACAAGCUGACGGGCGUAAGUGCUUUUGUGGUCACCUACACCUCGAAAGCAUCGGCGGAUCAGCGAGCUGGACGCGCCGGACGUGUGAGCGCUGGCCAUUGCUAUCGUCUGUACUCGAGUGCCGUGUAUAACGAUCUGUUUCCCGAGUUCAGUCAGCCGGACAUACAGCAGAAGCCAGUCGAUGAUUUGAUGCUGCAGAUGCGUUGCAUGGGCAUCGAUCGUGUCCUGCACUUCCCAUUCCCAUCGCCACCCGAUGCUCUGCAGUUGCAGGCCGCCGAGCAGCGUCUCUCGGUACUGGGCGCCUUGGAGGCAACAGCCAAAAACUCCACCUCCUCCGCAACGGACAAGGAGAAGGAACUGCCGCCCGCUGUCACGCAAUUGGGUCGCGUCAUCUCACGGUUUCCGGUCGCACCUCGCUAUGGCAAAAUGCUGGCGCUCUCCAAUCAGUUCGAGCUGUUGCCCUACACGGUUUGCCUGGUCGCUGCGCUCUCGGUGCAGGAGCUGCUGGUGGAGACGGGCGUGCAGCGGGACGAGGAUGUGGCCCCCGCCUCGAAUAACUUUCACAAAAUGCGUCUCAGUUGGGCGAAUCACGGACAGUAUCAACUGCUCGGUGAUCCGAUGGUGUUGCUGCGUGCUGUGGGCGCUGCUGAGUAUGCGCAUUCCCAGCACAAACUGGACAGCUUUUGUGCGUCGAAUGGAUUGCGAUCGAAGGCCAUCGGCGAGGUGCGCAAGUUGCGCGUUCAGCUGACCAACGAGAUCAAUUUGAAUGUGAGCAACGUGGAGUCGCUGUGUGUGGAUCCGCAACUGAAGCCCCCGACGGAAUCGCAGGCGCGUCUCUUACGGCAAAUCCUGCUCGCUGGCAUGGGAGAUCAGGUGGCACGGAAGGUGCCGCUGGACGAGAUUAGCGACAAGGACGAGCGACGCCGACUCAAGUACGCGUACAACUGUGCGGACAUGGAGGAGCCGGCCUUUCUACACGUCUCCUCGGUGCUGAAGCAAGCGAAACCCGAGUGGAUUGUCUAUCAGGAGGCGUAUGAACUGCAGCAGGGCGACAGCAGCAAAAUGUUCAUACGCGGCAUCACGGCGAUUGAGCCGGAAUGGUUGCUCGUCUAUGUGCCUCAGCUGUGCAACAUACGGCAGGUGAAGGAGGAGCCAGCGCCGCGUUAUAACGCUGCCAAGGGCAACAUCUAUUGCCAUGUGGAUGCCACGUUUGGCAAGGCCGGAUGGGAGCUGCCGCUUGGCGAGAUCGAGAUGCCGCUCAGCGAGCAGGCUUGCUGCUACUUUGGCAUGUUUCUACUGGAGGGCAGCGUCUGCAGCAAGUUGGCGCAAUUCAAGUCCAAGUUGAGAUCGACGCCCGCUUCGCUCAUCAAGAGCUGGUCGAACCUCAACGAUUCGGUGCUGUAUUUCAAGAAGGCCUUGAUCAACCAGCAAAUACACAGCCGCCAAACGCUGUUCGAUCACUGGCAACGUGAUCCCAGCUUUCUGCUUGCGGAGUAUCAGCGUCUGCUCUACGAUGUGGCCCUCAGCGAGUUGUCCCCCUUUUGGCCACCAUUGGAGGCCAGCAAAUAAAACUACCGACGAUAUCGUAUAUAACAUUGUAAAUCGUAAUAUAGACUUAUGUUUGUUACUUUAAUAAUAACAGAAA